AUGGGAGCACGUCACGUAGUAUUUACUGCAGCAGCAGCAGACAGGGUCUCGAAGCGAAAGAAUUUUUAUAUUCCUUUUUCUUUUUGCCGCUUCAAAAAUAUAAUUUCGUAUUUUUUCCCGCAGAUACCGAAUCAUCUGGUCUGGCUAUGUUUCUUCUACUUGAUGUUCCACUCGCUUCUGAAUCUGGUCGGUGAACUGUUGCAUUUCGCCGAUCGAAAUUUCUAUUGCGAUUGGUGGAACGCGCACAACAUCGACAUCUUCUGGAGGACGUGGAAUAUGCCCGUGCAUCGAUGGGCUGUGCGCCACUUGUACAUUCCCAUCAUAGAGAUGGGCUACAAGAAGAAUACCGCAUCUGUCACCGUGUUCUUCAUCAGCGCCUUUUUCCACGAGUACCUCGUCAGCGUGCCGCUCAAGACGUUCAAAACGUGGGCGUUCCUCGGUAUGAUGGGACAGAUACCAUUAUCAAUGAUAAGUAAGAAGGUGGAGAAGCACUGGGGCGCCAGAUGGGGCAAUAUCACGGUGUGGGCGAGUCUCAUUAUCGGACAACCACUUUGCAUAAUGAUGUAUUACCACGAUUACGUGAUAACUCACUUCGGCGAGAACUUGAUCGAGGAUUACUCCGUGGUGUAGGUAGAGGAAUCGAACUCGAGGCGAACGAGUUCACGCAGAGGUCUGGAAGAAGAGAUUCUCCGGGCAAACUCGCCACUCUUCCAUCAAUUUUUUCCCUUCUCCUUUUCUCUUCCGCCAUCUUUACCUCUGUGACUCGUGUAUAAUCUAUUUUUCAACCGACGUUUACGCGAAUCCUUCCACUUUUUUUUCUUUUUUUUCUUUUUUUUUUUUUUUUUUCUUUUAUUCUCAUUCCAACGAUGGAUGAAAGUCGGUCACGUGUUCGUAUCGCGAGCAUAUUCGUUCCUAAGUAUUACGCGUUUAUCCAUUUCGGUUUAUUUCUUCUUCCAGUAGGAAUUAUAUAUCGUAUAGAUUUUUUUUUUAAAAAAAGUCGAAAUUUCCUAUUUCAAGAUACAAAUUUCACGUUCAUUCAUAUGUAUAUAGGGUAAUUUGUAAAACUUCUAUUAAAUUUAAUACUGGUAAUUCCAGGGUUAAUUCUGGUAAAUGUACAGUAUAGCGUGUGUACAGACUUUGAACGUUUUCUCUUAAUUUAUUUACUUCUGUUAAAUGGAAGGAAUUGUCGUAAAACGUACUAACAUAAAUAAGUUCGUGUAGGUUGAAUUAAAAUUGAAUAAAUCUACUAACAUGAUACAUCGAUAGAAGAGAUCAUAUAUUUCUGGCACGUAAAUCCAGAAUAAGCUCUGCGUGCAUCAUAAAAUUUUACAAAUAAUUCUCCGUUUCUCUUUCUCUGCGAAAAGUUGCAGAUAUAAUUCCUACUGGAUCGUAUCACGAACGUCAGUUGUUCGAUAUUCGAUCGAAUUUCCUUGAACAAAAAAAAAAAAAAAAGAAAAAAAAAAGAAAAGAAGAUUUUUGCACGAGGCGAUUAACAAUCUCGAUGAAAAACUCAAUCGCUAGAUUGCGGAUAUUUAUGCAAUUAUUAAAUUCCAGAUAUGGAAAUGAAAGGGAAAUAUGCUUCGCUUAAAAAAUAUGUAUUUUCGAUAUUUUGUACAUUUUUCACAACUUUUUUAACAAAUGCAUAAACUUUCGCAGUCUACAUCGUAUAUAUCUACACGAUAUAUCACUCGUUCUUUUCCCUCGUAUACGCGUGAGUGGUGGUGGUGGUGGUGGUGGUGGUGGUGGUGAUGUUUGUUGAUGAAUUGUUGCUAUUGUAAGCCGUUGAAAUAUUCACCCAUUCGGUCAUUUUUAUGCACGUUUUAGCCGAUAAGAAUUGUUAAUCACUUUGAUACCAGCGUUUUACAUAGAUUUCUCACGCGGCUCGUUGAACGAACGCUCGAUCAUCCCCGUCCAUCCACGAAGAUCGCCGAUCCUUUAUACGAACCGUCGAAACAAUGAGAUUGUCACGCAUCGAGGGGUGGAGGGGAGGGGAGGAGGACACUUUACUCUGCCGUUAACGCGCGUUAUAUACACAUAUAUAAGAUGUAUUUAAUCGAAACGAUUUUUUACAUAUGAUCACGAGCGUAAAACCCUUGUCACAUACACCCCCCUCCCUCCACUUUUACGAACAACGCGCGCCUCGAAAGCGCGAAACGCUUUGAUAUUAUGCGUGCAUCGAGACAAUAACUCNNNCUCACUAUAUUUUUUUUCUUUUUUUUUUUUUUCUUUUUAUCUGACGAUGCUUUAUAGCAGGGAGACCUCGAGCGCAUCUAGGGAAUAUUAGCCGUAAUAAAUUUAUCCAUGGCGCGGAGUGCAGUUGCAUUUACAGGGUAAAUAUUUCACCGGAAUCGUUGCGUAUCACAGCGAAGAAACAGAUGCCGAGGAUUUAACGGGUGCAACUUGGUGCCAGUUGUAUACGAGGAGCAGACGAUUUUGUAAAAUUCGUCCAACGCUCGCGUGCCGUGCGAGCGUCAUUCGUUGUCGAAAUAAACGAAAUCUUUGUUACAAGA